UUGGUGCUGGUUACCAGCGUUCGACUCACGUCCUGCCACAUUUCGCUUUUUCACACACGACACGGCGAUCGCUACAACAGUGGAGUUCGAUUGAUUUCCUUUUUGCAUGAUUCAAAAGGUCUUUCACGCUGCCAUCCUCACAAAUAUUCUGCCAUCCUCACAAAUAUUCUGAUAGCAUCGAAGCAUAAAUUAUAUUCUGCUUUGGUACUCAGUUUUGUACUAGCAUUGUGAUACUUAUUAAAGGUCUAGUACAGUCUGAUUUUUGGUGCCGAAAGCCUGCAUAGUAAUAAUAAAUAUAGUUUCCAACGGUGUUAACUUUAAGAGCUUGAUUAUUUUAUUGAUGGGGAGAUAGAGUACCAGUUGGAAAUAACUGCACAUCAUCGGCCAUGGUACAGCAGAAGUGGACGGCGCUGCUGGUCUGUCUGACCGUGAUCUUGGGAUGUCCCCGGGCCCACUCUUGCCCAGUGCAGAAACCCACACCGCCCUGGGAAAUGGAGCCCUAUAAGGACCGGAUCAACGAGUGUUUAAUGUGGCACUAUGUGGAGCAACGACCGGCGCCGAAUUAUUACAACCAAUACAUGCUCACAUUCUGGAAGAAAAGCCCGCGCUACCCCGUUCAACUGCUGUGCUUGGUCAACGCCUUGACCGAUGAUCGCUUGCCUUCGUCUAAAGUGGAAAUGUAUGUAGCGGAAGGCGAUCCUGUGCACUUGCCCUGCCGCCCGUUGGAAAAUGUCCAACGGAGCAUUCCCAUCGACUCCGACUACUAUAGCCUUGGCCCAAAAGGUCUGUACUACUGGACGAAAGACGGGCGACAUUUUUGCGAAAGAUGGGGGUGGGCCGAUCGGAGUUAUAAGUGUCACGGUGCCGCUGAGCACAGCUCGCCGGAGGGUGAACUGUGGAUCAAGUCCUUCACGACAGCGGACGCGGGGGUUUACGCUUGUGCCUUUCUCCACAAAGGUAGCAGUGGCAAUUUGCUGAGGGUUGGACAAGCCUACCUCCUCCGUGAUGCGCGCACGAAGGUAACAGUGCCAGACAUUCCGGCCCCUGCCAUCAUUGCCGCGCCAGAAUCCAUCCCGCCGCCCAGUCACGCAGAAGUUCCGUCUGUGUCGUCGGCUAACGUCAUCACGCCGCCGACCGCUUUACUGCCCACCCAGUGGUUCGCUACUGUUCUGACGAAUGCCGCCCCGGAGGGACUGCAAGGUAACGAUCAAACGACAGCAAAAGCCAGUGCAAUGAUCUCGUCUGCGGCGUUGUCAAACGCCUCGUCGGAAAUAUUCGCUGAGCUUGACGAAAACGAUUACUCGGAUGUCACUGACGAAAUUCUGGAACUAUCCCCGUCCAGCGCGGCAGUGGUCAACAGACGAACGACACCGACGCCUGCAGUACUAGUUACGGGCUUGAGUGCACUUCCCACAAAUAGUUCGCCAUGGGAAAUGGAAGCGGUCAGCAUUGCUCACACGACAGACGUCGCUUACGCCGAAAGCACAUCGCUGGCUGAAGCGGAAGCUAACACAAACGGUUUACCGCCGUACACCGCGCCGCCGCCCGAUUCAAGCACGCAAGUCGUGGAGGAAGAAAAGGUGUCGACCGCGGACGUGAAUGAUACGGAGUACGACGCUGAUUACGAUCAUGCGCCGGGAGAUCAGCGCCGCGCCAGCAGCUUCCCGCCCGAAUGCCCGCCCUGCACCGGCAACUGUCCCUGUCCCCUCUUCAAGCGCAAGCGCAAACAUUUGUAAAUAAUAAUAAAAUUUAUUGAUAUGGUUUAGCUUUUUCCAUGGUACGCUGAUAUCCAAUCAGCAUAUGUGCCUGAAAUUGCCGCGUUGUUGUAUUGUUUAAUUAUUCUGACCUUUGCGUGCUAGGUAAAAUAUUUAUGAACGAUUUUUAUACAACCGCACCGGCUAUAAUUUAUUAGUCGCGUAGCCAUUUGGCUUAAUUAAUUGUCUAAGGCUCAUAGCCAGAUUUAC